AGGGACCAGAGGGGUUGGCCCGAGGCCCUCGCUGUCGUUUCAACGACAGUUUCUCGUGAGUUCGAGUCGAAACCGAGUACCGCGACUAACGAGAGUAACGAGAGUGAUCGAGGCUGCCACACAGCUUGGCUCAUCGUAUACAAGUGUGCUUAAGUGAACCAAAAAAUGACGGGUUCGCGGUUUAGACCCGCGAUCUUCGUCGGCCUCUUCCUUGGCCUCCUAGCCAUUUCCUUGCAGGGAGUGCAAGGUGAAGAGGAGCUAGAACAGGUGCCAUCGGAAGAUUUAUGUCGACCCUACAUCGAGAAGGCGUUAAAGGAUCUUGGCACAGGAUCUGUCGAGCAGACCAGUGCCGAAGUCGAGGCUGGGGACAAUCAGGAGGAAGGCAUUCGGAAUGAGGAAUUAAGCGUGCAAGGCGAUGAGCCAGGGAGCAAUGACGGAUCUCAGGAAGCUGAUCAGGACAGUGGUGGUGGUGGAGAAACAGUGGAAGUGGCAAGCGAAGAGGUUCUAGUGGAAGAAGUAGAAAGAAACGAAUCCACCGAAAAAGUGGACAGUAGCAACGAAACUGUUGAACAAAAAGAUGAAAAAUCCGAAGAGAAACCCGAGGAAAUUGAAGUAAUUGCUGAAGACUCUAAAGAGGAUUUGGAAAAUUCUAAAGAAGAUGCUGAUAAGGAUUCGAAGGAAGAUUCAAAGGAAACUGAUAAGGAUUCAAAGGAAACUGAUACGGAGACAAAGGAAGUUACUGACGAAAAGGAUUCAAAGGAAAAUAGUGAUGAUUCAAAAGAAGCAGGAGAUUCAAAGGAGAAGGUAGAAAAUACCGAUACAGAUUCAAAGGAAGACGUUAAAGAUUCAAAAGAGGAUGGUGUAGAAUCAAACGAAGCUGAUAAGGAUUCAAAAGAAAGUACCGAAGCAAAUGUUGUAGAAUCAGAUAAAACAGAAGACGAAUCCGAAGAAAAAAAUGAUUCCAAAGAGGCUGAUGUAAAAGACGAUUCGGAGGAAAAAUCUAAAGAAUCUCAUGAAGAAUCCGCAGUAAGUCAAGAAGAUGCUGCAAGUUCGACAGAAAAAAGCAAAGAAGAAGAAGAAGAAGAAAAAGCAGAAGCUGAGGAAAAAUCAGAAACUGAUUCAAAAGAAGAUACAACUGACAGUAAAGAAGUAAAUGUAACGAGUAAAGAAGAAACAGAUUCACAAGAGGGCAAGGACUCAAAGGAAGAAGAUUCCCAAGAGGUGAAAUCACGAAAUCGACGAGAUGUUGAAAAUGUUCCAGAACAAUCCGAUGAAACUAGUAAAGAAGGCGAAGGUGACGGAAGCAGCGAAGGUGAUUCCAUGCCAGAGGAGGAAUUAAUUCAAGAAAUAGAAAUUCCGGAAAAUCUACGUCCACGCGAUCAUAUUAGUCAAAUAUUGAAAUUAGACGAAGACAAUGAAGUUAAAGAGAAGGCUAUUGAAAAAGUCUCCGAAGUUAUUCUUAAAGAAUUAAAGAAAGUCUAUGAUAAUGCAAUUCAACCUUUGGAGACAUUAUACAAAUACAGAGAUCUCAGUAAUAGACACUUUGGAGAUCCGGAAAUAUUUUCCAAACCCCUGGUACUAUUUAUGGGACCCUGGAGUGGUGGAAAAUCAUCAAUUAUCAAUUAUCUUUUGGACAAUGAAUAUAAGGCGACUUCUUUAAGAACAGGGGCUGAACCUUCUCCAGCUUAUUUUAACAUAUUGAUGCAUGGUGAGGAGGAAGAAGUUUUGGAUGGAACACAAUUAGCAGCCGAUUGGACAUUUUCGGGUCUACAGAAAUUUGGACAGGGACUACUCGAUCGUCUUCGGGGUCUUCGUUUUAAAAAUAAAUUACUGGAGAAGGUAAAUAUCGUCGAGAUUCCUGGAAUUUUAGAAGUUCGCAAACAAGUACAACGUCUCUUUCCAUUUAACGAUGCUUGUCAAUGGUUUAUCGAUAGGGCAGAUAUUAUCUUUCUCGUUUACGAUCCCUCCAAAUUGGAUGUUGGACCCGAGACAGAGGCAAUUCUCGAUCAGCUAAAGGGUCGUGAAUAUCAGACGAGGAUAAUUUUAAAUAAAGCUGAUCAGGUAAAACCCGAGGAAUUAAUGAGGGUUCAAGGAGCAUUGAUUUGGAAUAUUUCUCCACUAAUGUCAAGUGCAGAACCACCGGUAAUGUACUCGACGUCUCUUUGGUCAAUGCCCUAUGAAGCUGGAGCACCCACAAGAUUACUCUACGCUCAGGAACGUGCUCUACUUAGAGAUCUUCGUUCGGCAAUUGAUAAAAGAGUCGAGCACAAAAUUGCUAGCGCCAGAAGAUUCGCAGUGCGAGUGCGCAACCAUGCGAAAAUGGUGGACUGCUAUUUGACAACCUAUUACAAUCAUAAAACAUUUUUUGGCAAUAAACGCGACACAAGUGAUAAAAUAAUUGAAAAUCCACAGGAUUAUCAUAUUUACGAGGGUCUCAGUACAUUGACAAAUAUUUCACGUUACGAUCUACCUGAUCCUGAUGUUUAUAGAGAUUUUUUCCGUUUAGAUGCGCUCUACGAUUUUCCUCUACUUAGUUCAACGUGUACCUAUUUUCGUGGUUGUCCUAUUAAUAGGCUCGACGUUGCAAUUGCCUACGAUCUUCCUGAACUCGUGGGAAAAUAUAAAAAAUCCGCCGAUGCCGCUAUUCAUGAGAAUGAAAUUGACAAUUCAACCAGUUGAAGCGAAAAUAGAAUUUUCACGCAGAAGAAAACAAAGAAAUGACUCCAUAAAAAUUAUUUCAGAGGAAUCUGAACGUUGAGAAUUCACUUCAAAAAAAAAAAAAAAAAAUUAUUAAAAUUAUCCGGAGUUAUAAAAAAAAAAAUUAUAAAAAUUAAUUUAUUAUCGCAAAAAAAUUCUGAGCUCGAAAAUAUUUUCACUGCCAUAUUGUUGAAAGCAAUACAAUAUUGUAUUUUAAAUAAAAAAAAAAUUUUCCCGAAUAGAAAUUUAAAAAAAAUUUAGACUCGGAAAAAAAAAUAUUAAUCUGUUUAAAAAAAAUAUUUUUGCAAUAAAAUUGGAGCUCUUGUUUUAUAAUCGAAUGAGAAUAGCGACAUGGUGAUUUUACAGUAUAUUACUGUAUUAUUGUCGUUUCCCUCUCAUUAUUAUACACUGGAAAAAAAAAAUAGUAUUUGACAAAAAAAAAUCCAUGUACAAAUAUAUUUAAUUAAUUAUUUUUCUUGAUUCAUAUUUUGUUUCACUAAUUAUCUUAAUUGAAGAAAAUUAAUUUAACAAUUUUUUUUUAUUUUAUAAUUGUAGUAAAAUUAGAAAUUGGUUUUCUUGAAAAAUCCUCUUCAAAUUUAAAAUACAGAAAUAAAUUAAUUUUUUAUUACAGAAAAAUAUCAAAUUUUUUUAAUUUUGAUCUGUUUGAGAAAUUUUGGGGUUUUUUUUUUUUUUUUUUUUUUUUUUAACUAAAUGCUAUUUUUUUCCGUGUAUAUAUUUCAUCUAGAAUAACUAAUUUAAACAUUUUUUUCCAUUGUGUGUGUGAGAGAGACGAAAAAAUGUUAUUUGUAUGUAUAUUGUAUGAAAAAAGAAAAGAAUUGAAGGAAUCAUCCGCUUUUAAUUCCUCUAAUAAUUAACAAACAAAAAAAAUAUAUAUUCUCCGGAAAAGUUCUCAAGAUCUUUUUCAUCUUUCUUUAAAAGACAAUUUCAAUUUCUGAAAUUCGUCUCAAUUACUGAGAUGUUGUCUUUUUUUUUUUUUUUAGAAACGUGAUAUUGUUCGCUGAUUGAUUGUAAUAGGAUAAUUUUAAUUUUAUUAAAUUAUGUAUUUAUAUUUAAAAAUUUAACUUUCAAUUAUUAGUUUAAUAUUAAAAUUAAUUUUUAAUCGCAUAUACACAUUUAGUUUGUAGUAAAUAUUAAAAUUUUCAAUUUCAAUUCUUAAAAUUAUAUUUCUAUUUAUUUUAUUUGUGUAAUUUAUUGACAAAAAUGAAUAUUAAAUUUUAAUAUCAAAUUCUUUGUUCAAACUUAAAUUUAAAAUAGACGAAAAUUUAGUUUUAAAAAAAACUUAACAUUUAAGCUGUAUUGUAAUUAUUAAUUUUAAUUUAAAAAAAAAAAAAGAAAAAAGAAAAUUUAUGAAUAUUGUGUGAAUCUCGGUCACUAUAUCGUUCAAUCAUAAGCUAAAGCUGCGACUUAUGAUAAUUAAGGACUGUACUUUAUAGGAUUAAUUGAGGUUUUUACACCUCUAUGAUGUUAGUGAUUGUUUGUUACUUAGGGACUCGUAAAUUUAAAAAGAAAAAAAAAACGAAAAAAAAAUAAGUGUGCUGCGAGCGCUGCUCGUAUAUUUACGCAUCACCUUGUACUCUUUCCCAAAAAUACAAUUCAAAAAAAAAAACGUA